AGAACCUGAGCAAAUCCCUUGACCUCUCUCAGCAGCUUUUCCUCCCAUCUGUGAAGCCAUAGUUUUGUUUUUUUUUGUUUUUGUUUUCGCCAUAGUUGUUUAAUUCACCUCAAGUUCCUACUGAGCAGGAUUAAUAAUAAGUAAACUUACUGAGCACUGCUGUGGACCAGGCAUUGCUGUAAAGAACCCUAGGAAGUAGUAGUAUUUUACCUCCACUUUAUAGAAGACGAAACUGGGGCACAAAGAGGCAGGGAAGGCUCCUGGAGAAGGGGGAUUGAUCAAGUUUUGGAGGAAAGACUGGGGCCCAGACUGAGCAAUGGAGAAGAGGAUAGGCCGAAGGGCCCACGGGGGGAGGGUCCUUGUUCAGCGUGUCUCUGCGAGGUGGUAGCAGCAAAUUUAGGAGAGACCAGCCCUGCGGGCCACCCGGCAGCCCAACCCCGCCCCCGACGUCUCCAUGACAACAGCACCGCACAUGCGCCUCCUGCACGCGCGCCAGGGAGGGCAGCGGGAGCUGAAGCUAGUUGCAGCUUGGUUGCAAGCUGGGCGGAAGCAGGCCCGGCGGGCGGGAGAGCGGGACGAGUUUUUAAAGCAUUCUGCCAUCUCCCCUCCCUGUUGGGUUGCCCAGCCAUGGCCAGACCACCCACCCCGGGCUCAGUGAUUGUCCCAGACUGGCACGAGAGCGCUGAGGGCAAGGAGUACCUGGCCUGCAUCCUGCGCAAGAACCGCCGGCGUGUAUUUGGGCUGCUCGAGCGACCAGUGCUGCCCCCUCCUGUGGCCGUUGACACUGCCAGCUACAAGAUCUUUGUGUCUGGGAAGAGUGGCGUGGGCAAGACAGCGCUGGUAGCCAAGCUGGCUGGCUUGGAGGUGCCCGUGGUGCAUCAUGAAACGACUGGCAUCCAGACCACCGUGGUAUUUUGGCCGGCCAAGCUGCAGGCCAGCAACCGUGUCGUCAUGUUCCGCUUUGAGUUCUGGGACUGCGGGGAGUCUGCGCUCAAAAAGUUCGAUCACAUGCUGCCGCCUCUCCAUCCCCAGGCCUGCAAGGAGAAAGCAGACGCUUUCCUCUUCCUCUUCUCCUUCACUGACCGAGCCUCCUUUGAAGACCUCCCUGGACAGCUGGCCCGAGUAGCAGGCGAGGCCCCUGGUGUGGUCAGGAUGGUCAUCGGCUCCAAAUUUGACCAGUAUAUGCACACGGACGUGCCUGAGUGUGACCUCACAGCCUUCAGGCAGGCCUGGGAGCUGCCCCUCCUGCGAGUGAAGAGUGUGCCAGGGCGGCGACUGGCGGAUGGACGCACACUGGAUGGGCGGGCUGGGCUGGCCGACGUUGCCCACGUGCUCAAUGGCCUGGCAGAGCAGCUGUGGCACCAGGACCAGGUGGCUGCCGGCCUGCUCCCCAGUUCACCAGAGGACACCCCCAGCUGAGGUGUGGUGGCAUCAUGAGCAGAUACUCCCGACCCUCAGUUGACCCAGGACAGGACCCAGGGCCUAAGGUUGGGACAGGAAUAUCAGUGUCAUCCUGAGGACUGGCCAGAGGGGCCUGGUCAGGGAGGAUGAUGGCCUGAGAAGGCUCUGCCCCAGUAGCACUUUCCCGUGGCGUUCGCUGCAGUGUGGUGGGCAGGGCUGAGGGCAUCAGGUGUCCUCUGGCCUUCUCCCUCCACCUUAGGACUUCUGGGCUUCUGGAAACUGAGGAACUGUGUGGGCAGGGCCGGAGGGCUCAGGUGUCUGCCCCCGCCUCCUGCUGCUCUUCCCCUUCUGCAGCAGCCAUGGAGGGUGACUGGGGAGUGGGGGCCUCAACUGGGCCCUGGACCACAAGUGACUUCCAUCAGAAGCCUGUAUUAGUUGAGGUAACACCAUCUGCUGUACCAGAUAAACCCUGAACUCUCAGUGGUUUCACUUUAUAGAAUUUUUUUUCCGUCUUUAUGUCUCACGUCAGUGGGUGGUGAAGUGCGUGUGGGUGCUCUGCUCUGUACGGUCAUCAAAGACCCAGGCCCUGAGAUCCUCAA